AUGAAUACGGGAACAUCCGUCCGUCGAAAUCUCUUCCAUCAAAAUCUGAGCCGUCGCCCUGCAUCUGCAGGACCUCCCAAUGGAACCGCGCCCUCGAUGAAUACCAAUGGCCUUUCAAACCGCCCCUCCAAUAGGUUAAAACCAACCAUCUCCGAUUCCUCUUCUCGAAGCACAAAACUGGCCGAAAAUAGAGACAUCGUGGUUAGAGAUAAGAAUGGAGGAUAUAAGCUUGACAUGCCUGCUCUGCCCAGGCGGCUAGCUGGUGACAACGGGGAAGAGCACGAUGGGCUUGAACCUGGCGAAACUAGUUUCGAUUCAUUGGAGAUUGAACGGGAGAAAGAAAAUUAUGAGGCUGCAAUAGUCGAGAUGAUGAUCCGCCAUCGCAACAGACAGUCAAGUGGUGAGCCGGAUGAAAUUCUAAAUAUUGUUCAUCAAAGCUUGAUCAAAAAGGCUAGUUCCUUGGACGACGACAAUUGGAUGUUUGAGCCAGAAUUCGAGACACGACUAUAG